GGUGAGGAGAGACCCCAGACGGAGCCUUCGGAGUCCCUCCGCCCCCACCUUGCCUCGUCCGGAGCCUCGGCCCUCCCUGCCGCCCUCCUCGUGGCCAUGGAGUGUCCGCACCUCAGUUCUAGCGUCUGCAUCGCGCCGGACUCGGCCAAGUUCCCCAACGGCUCCCCGUCGUCCUGGUGCUGCAGCGUGUGCCGGUCGAACAAAAGCCCCUGGGUCUGUUUGACUUGUUCAAGUGUCCACUGUGGAAGGUAUGUGAAUGGGCAUGCAAAAAAGCAUUAUGAAGAUGCUCAAGUACCCUUAACCAACCACAAAAAAACAGAAAAGCAAGAUAAAGCUCAACACACAGUGUGUAUGGAUUGCAGUAGCUACAGUACAUACUGUUAUCGCUGUGAUGACUUCGUGGUUAAUGACACCAAGCUGGGACUGGUACAGAAACUCAGAGAACACUUUCAGAACUUGGAAAACUCAGCUUUCACAGCCGAUAGGCAUAGAAAAAGAAAAGUAUUGGAAAACUCAUCAUUAAACAGCAAACUAUUAAAAGUAAAUGGCAGCACCACUGCCAUCUGUGCCACUGGCCUCCGGAACUUGGGGAACACAUGUUUUAUGAAUGCCAUUCUUCAGUCACUCAGUAACAUUGAGCAGUUUUGCUGUUAUUUCAAAGAACUGCCUGCUGUGGAGCUAAGGAACGGGAAAACAGCAGGAAGGCGGACAUAUCACACCAGGAGCCAAGGGGAUGACAACGUGUCUUUGGUGGAGGAGUUUAGAAAGACUCUCUGUGCUCUUUGGCAAGGCAGCCAGACUGCAUUUAGCCCAGAGUCCUUAUUCUAUGUUGUCUGGAAGAUUAUGCCGAAUUUUAGGGGUUACCAGCAGCAGGACGCCCACGAGUUUAUGCGCUACCUUUUGGACCACCUACACCUGGAGCUCCAGGGCGGUUUCAAUGGUGUUUCCCGUUCAACAAUUCUGCAGGAGAACUCGUCUAUGUCUGCCAGUAACAAAUGUUGCAUACAUGGAGCAUGGACUGUCGUCACAGCUGUAUUUGGUGGGAUUCUCCAAAACGAGGUGAACUGUCUCAUAUGUGGGACAGAGUCCAGGAAGUUCGACCCUUUCCUAGACCUUUCAUUAGAUAUUCCAAGUCAAUUCAGAAAUAAGCGCUCUAAGAAUCAAGAAAAUGGACCGGUUUGUUCACUGCGAGAUUGUCUUCGGAGUUUUACUGACUUAGAAGAACUUGAUGAGACAGAGCUAUAUAUGUGCCAUAAAUGUAAAAAGAAACAAAAGUCCACUAAAAAGUUUUGGAUUCAAAAGCUACCCAAGGUGCUAUGCUUACAUUUGAAAAGAUUCCACUGGACAGCCUAUUUAAGAAACAAAGUUGACACAUACGUAGAAUUUCCUCUGAGAGGUCUAGACAUGAAAUGCUACUUAUUAGAGCCUGAGAACAGCGGGCCGGAGAGCUGCCUCUACGACCUGGCUGCCGUCGUGGUGCACCAUGGGUCUGGGGUCGGCUCUGGGCAUUACACAGCAUUUGCAGCUCACGAAGGUCGCUGGUUCCAUUUCAAUGACAGCACUGUAACACUGACUGAGGAAGAGACCGUGGUGAAGGCCAAGGCCUACAUCCUGUUCUACGUGGAACGCCAGGCCAAAACUGGAGCGGAUAAACUUUAAUACCUCCUCUCCGUCAUUAUCCAUCAACGAUACCGGACAAACAUUUCCAAUUUUCCAUAAAUACUUGAUCCGAGAGUUAAUUUCAUUAUGCACUUUUCAAUUCCCUAUUUUGGAUUUAUAGUUUUGUUAAUGGUAGUGACUUAUUGAAUAUGGGCACCAAUUUUUGUUUUAUUUCUUGUUCUACCAGAAAACCUCGGCAGACACUCGGAUUUGCUGCUUUAGUUGUAAGAAGUCAGUUUUUCUAUGUAGAGUUGAGAACUUAGUUCUACUUGCCUUUUUAUAGUCAUGUUUUUGGUUCACCCUGAGGCACAUUUACGUCAAUGCUUCUGUUGCUCCCGCAGGAGGCGCCCAGCCCUUCCCGCUGCAGUGGGAGCAGUGAGGCUCCGGACCGGUGUGCAUGUCCUUUGUGGCCCUGCAUCGGCGACUGCUUAGCGGCCAUUCCGUUGGCCUGAUGGGGAGCACCUAGGCAUCCUUAGGUAGACCAGGUGGUAGUUGCUCGGGUUUCUCAGACUGCUGCCCUUGGCACUAAUUCAAUAAGACGGCUGUUGUACCUGCACUGGAAAUUCAGGAAUGACUUUCAGUUGUGCUUGUUUGCUUUGGGGAUACUGAGUUUUGUUUUCCCCCAUCGGGAGAUGAGAGUAUGGAAAAGUUCAGAGGUCACAACCAUUUGGUGUUUUAAAAUGCAGAGAGAAAUCUUGAUGUUCCUUUGCCUGUUUGAGUCAGCACCUGACACCCCACCCCGCCCCCCAGCUGCUGUUGUGGGAGCUGGGCCGUGUGCACCCACUCAGGGUGUCGUGUGGCAGGAAGCCAGGCUGGCUGCUUCCUGGCCUAUCGGAGCGGAGCACGUGGGAAAUGGUCUCACCGUGAAUCAGCAGACUUUCCAGUCUUGGGUUUAGUGGUCUUUGUUGUAAAAUGUGCUCUCAAGAAAAACAGGUACAAACCGUUUCGCUGUAACUCAGGUUGAAAUUUGGAGCUCUGAUCCCACUGUGGCGGUGAUUUCUGCCAGGGUCCUGGCCGGCCUGUUGCCUUGGAGCAGCGGGGAACGCAUUCGACUGUCUGCUUCCCUCGGGCUGGUUCUGCUCUGCGGGGUCACGGAGCUGAGGUGGACUCCACAACAGUGGGUGUGGCUUGGUGGCAGUGCUUGCAAGUUUUUAGAGUAGGAACCCCCGAAUAAGCAUCGGCUCACUGAGCCGUUCCCAUGGUCCUCGUCCCUCACCCUUCUCCUCCUGUCUGCUAUACGCUGGCCAAGGGAGGGCAGUUUCCUGUGAAGCCAGCCCACCAGGUCUGUGGGUCAAGUGUGUGACAGGGACAGGCAGCUGUGCAGGAGCAGAGGCUCUGUGACCCUCCCUGCUGGCCAGUGGCCCCACCCCACACCUUUCUUGUAGCAGAACAGCGGCUGGGUAAACAUGUAAACCCGCCAAGGUGCAAGUUCCAGCUUCGUCUCAAAUGGCACUUUCCAGUAGCCACAUAGCUGUUUCCAUGUAAGAACUGUUCCUCAGCACAUGGACCACCCAGUGCAAGCCUAGAACCGCAGCCGUUACUACAGCCUCGUUUGCACCGUUGCAGGAGGGAAGGCCACCUGAUUCACAAACAGGGUCCUAAGGACAGAUAGAAACAUGAUUUAAAAUAUUCUUAACUGUAUUUGGUCAAGCCAUAUGAAACUGCUGUGCUGAUUGUUUUCUACCUAAGGAAGUGACGCUUGACCCGAUUCCAUCUCAGUGUCAACACACUAACGUGUAGAUGAAGAGGAUCUAGGCAUCUCCUGUGAUUCGAGGCGGCUUCCUCGAGGGGUAAAGCGCUGUGGCUUCUCAGUCUCGUUUGUCACACAGGUCUCUGAGGGCAGCUGGUAUGACUGACAAUAAAGGCCGGGCAGUGGCAACGCUGGGGAAGAGCCACUUUAACUUCUUGGAACGACUGUUGUGGGAAGUGGACUUCCGACAGGCAACUGUUGGCUUAAGAGAUGAAUCCACCUCUCCUUUAAGUUCUUGUAGUCUUUUUCUUGCUUGAUGUUUACAUGCUAUCUUGGAGGCUCUUUGAGAAAAGCGAUUGGACCCAUUUGAAUCAUGCACUUGAUCACCAGGGAUGUAAAUGUGCCUGUUUGUAUGUUAGAAAUGCGGCUGCAGCCUUACCACACACAUCUGUUUCAAACGCCGACCCUUUUGUGCUCUUCAGGGAUGUUUCCCGUGUGCCACGUGGUCUCCAGCAGGUACGUGGCAUCUCCUUUGGAGAGCCUAUGCUGAGGCAGGGCCUCACGCCAUGUCACGUGGCUCUUUGGAACAAGAAAGCGUUCUUAGAAUUCCUCCCACACCAGUGGGUGGUAGAAACAGUUUGUGGCAACACAAAUCUCUCUCCAUGGUGGAGAACCUUUGCUUAUCCACUGUAUUCUACUCAGUGUAUAGUGAUGAUAAAUGUAAUAGAAUUAAACCAGUUACGUGUCUUGGCCCUGGUUCAGUGUGACGUGUAGGGUGGGGGGCAUGUUUAUUUCCUAAAGCCAAACCGCCGUUGUGGGUUUAGUGUACGUAGUCUGCUUAGGUGUACUUGCCCCACCUUGGUCUCCUCCACUGCUCCACAAUCUCUCCUGUGAGCCUCGUUGCUCCAGUGGCACCGGAAAGGCGCAGGGCAAAGGCUGCUCCUGUAGCCUGGUGGCUGGGAUGCAGCCCUGGGCACACCCAGCCUCACAAGCAGCAGGAGGACACAGCGGUGGCACACAGGAGCCCGCGGCCCUCGUGUGUGGUCCCCGGGUCUGGAAGUGCUGGAUCCAGACUGCCCAUCGACAGCUGCAGCUCUGCUCUCAUCAUUUGCCAUGAAGCCUCGUUUGUGGGACUUCAGGAGGGUUGUUUAAUUGUGCAGGUGACCAAUUUCAUUUUAAGUUGUAAUCACAUCUUUAUGCUUCUCCAGUGUGAACUGUCCUAUGGAAAGUUUCAUUAAAGUCUGGUCGUCUUC